UUAAACAUGGCGCGGUCCAUUGAAAAAGAAAAUCUAAAAGAUAUUCGUAAAUUAAUCAAAUGCGUGACAGGUUUCCAACAAAAUGAGGAGAACUUUGGUGUCUGCCAGGACUUUGUGGUGUCCAACCUCAAGUUUCACAGGUUUCUUGGAGUUGACAGUCACAAGGUCACCAGGCAACUUGAUGGCAUUUGUGACAAAUUGAAGAUUCACUCCGAGCACAAAAAAGCGAAGAAGUUUGAUGAGCUGCGUCAAGAGUUCCUGGGUACAGCCUGCUUUGAAGGCAGAGACACAGGGAAGACGGACACCCACUAUGCCAUACUGUUAGUGUUGAUGCUCAUAUCAGAGAGUCCAGUGAGAGGAGAAUAUGUGGAAACAAAGAAACAACAGGAAAUUGAGGAGCAAGAUGACUUUGACUGGAAGGCCUAUCUGAUGGAGGGCAUAGAGUACUACGAACCAAGCGAUGGGGAACUUUCGGACUGGUCAGAUGUUGAUGAAGAUAAUGUUGGCAGUGGAGAGGCGGGAAUUUCCCAGGGUAAUAGGGAGCUCAGGCCCAAUACCUCCAGCCCAAAUGUGACCGAGCAGCCAGUAAUACCCUUUAUUGCAGGAAAUGCGAGAGGCUACUGGGAGGAGCCAGAAGAGAUUUCAGACUCUGAUUGGCUGAGUAGAAACCUGAUCCCCCAGUACUGGAAGGGAGAGAAGAUCAGCAUUGACACUGGCCAGUACAGGGCCUGUCAGCUCAACAAUGACUGGGAGGAAUAUAAGACCCGACUUGACCCACUCCGCGGAUCCCCAAACAACACUGUAGUCACAGAGAAUGUGUUACUGAGGGAAAUCAUCUGGAUGUUAAUGGGCGUAUGUAAUGUGCACCUGCUGGAGUUUAAUGGCCGUUUUUUCUCCCCACGGCCCGGGGUUGUCUUGUCAUCCCUCUCUAUGGAGGUCCUCCAAGAUCACCUGACCCAGUUCACGCGAUACGGCUCCUAUAUACAGAUACUCCAGAACUUUUUGGACGAGAGCUACCAUGGCAAUGUCGGAGGGGUGUGUCAGACAUACCAGUCCUUCACCACGUGUAUAGCAGAGUUUCUGCAGAAGCUGAAAACCCAGAUGGCAUCCAUUGAGCUCAGGCUCAUCAAACAAGAGGAGACAAUGACCCUUGCGUCAGUUUGGGUUGAGGUUGAGCCAAUGAUGAAGAAGGUGUCCGUGCUGUGUAUGGUCUACAUGAGGGGCAUACACCAGGGUCGAACACUACAGUUGACAAGUCAGAGAGCAACCCUGCUGUUGACCACACUGUACAACACCCUUCUAGGGAUGGACACUCUUUUUGACAUGCCCAUGUAUGAGGGGGACACCCACACUGACCAGGAGGUGGACAACGUGGACAUGGUUGGCCUUUUGUUGCCAGUCUGGAUACAGACCUGUCAGCCGUACAUCAACAUCAUCGACACAUGGAUAUCCCAUGGCAACCUGUCAGACCCAUGUGCAGAAUUCAUUAUACAAAGGAACAAGGACAUCCGCUCCCUUGAUGAGACGUACUGGGAGAAGUCAUUUGUAUUCCACACCAUGCUGCAGCCCCCUGACCACGACUCCACAGUGGAUGGUUCCUCUGCUACUGUGGCCGGGAAGCAAUACACAACUGCAGACUGGGCACCAGCUUUCCUCCAGCCAGCGCUUGAGGAGAUUGUGCUGACAGGGAAAUCAAUGGAGAUGCUAGAAGGCCUUGGGAAGCUUGCUGAACAACAUGAUGGCUCCAGCAGGGUUGAUGGUCUACAAGAAUUCAAAGAGACUCAUCUCUAUGACAAAUUUAUCUUAUCAAUUCAAACUCUCAUGGGGAUGAAACUACACAAAGGGAAAUUAAAUGAAGAAUCCACUGGGGAGAAAACUACAUCCAGUUAUAGAGUUUUCUCCCCUGAAGUUGAGAGGCAGAUGGAGGAGAGAGAUGUCAAGGAUGACUUCCUGAAAAAACAUUUUGAGAAUCUCAUGGACACCAGUGCCGAUAGUCACUUUAUACUGGAUGAGAGCUUUUCAAAGACAAUAUCAAGCCUGAAAAUUGACAGUCUGCGACCUGUGGAACUGAUUCUCCGGGAAUGUCUGUACCCGCACAUUCACCACCAGUAUGAGCGUGUCUGUCUCAAGCUUGUCAACACCAUGAAAACUCAGUACCAUCUCAUAGAAUAUCUUACAUCCAUGAGGAGGUUUUUCCUAAUGGAAGCAGGGGACUGCCUUUCGGUGUUUUACACUGAAAUUUUUGACAAAAUCCGUCGGCAUGAGCACUGGAAGGAUACAACCACAGUUACAUGGGCCCUGCACGAAGCCAUCGACCCCCACUUCCCCGAGCAGGUGCCCCGAAUCUCCAUCUCCGUGGAAACCAGUGAUGACCCUAGCGACCUUCAGCCCAUCAACAUUACAAACUGUCUCCGUCUGCAAUACCAGAUUCCUAGCCCUGUUGACGUGGUGAUCAACAAUCGCUGCCAGGAGAUCUACAACCAGAUCUUCUCCUUCCUCCUGCAGAUCAAGCGCGCCAAGUACUGCCUCGAUGAGCUCAGAUUUUAUGACCUGGGUAAGGAGGUGGGUGGGAUAAGCAGCACUGACCAACUACUGAAGGGCCUAAGCCUGGACACCACGCCACGCAGACACAAGGUCCACCGCAUGCAUCUCCUCCGAAUGAAACUCAUCAACUUUGUGAACAACCUUCAUAACUACAUCAUGACCAGGAUCCUCCACAGUAUAGGCCUACAGUUCACCCGGGACCUUAGCCAGGCUAAAGACCUGGAUGAGAUCAUCAACCUGCAUGCUGGCUACAUACGCAAGAUCCACCAGCGAUGCUUGCUGCACCGUAAGAAUGCCUUCCUCAAAGAAGCCGUGCUGAAGGUGCUUAACCUUGCCCUGCGCUUCCAGAGAGAGUGGGACCGUGGCAUUGACAACAUCAGUCUGAAGCAGAUAGAGGACACAGAGACGGAGUUUUCCCGCUGUAUCAACUUUCUGCGAUCCUUCCUCAAUUCUGUUAUCCAGCGUGGAUCAUUCCCACACUUGGAAGCGCUGGCAUUUGGACUGGAGAAUCUCGUACCAAAAUAACAGACUUUUCACUCAAGAACUUAUUCUGUGAUCCAUGUACAGUUUAUGUCGAGAGUUUGGACAUAAGCAUUGCAGUGUAUGUGCUAUUUAUGAAUUGUUAAUUUAAAAAUAUAAAUUUAUUGUGCUACCUUU